UGCUGGUGAGCCGACAGUCUCAGCACUUGGAACUUGGGUGUAUGACACUGUUAACAUGAAGGCUCUGAUUUUUCUGGAGCUUUUUCUCCUGCUGCUGACUGCUCAUGGGAAGAUCUAUGAAAGGUGCGAGCUGGCUGCAGCCAUGAAAAGGCUUGGGUUGGCUAACAUUCGAGGAUACACUUUAGGAGACUGGGUGUGUACAGCAAAAUAUGAGAGCAACUUUAACACAAAUGCCAUAAACUAUAACUCCGGUGAUGGAAGCACGGAUUAUGGGAUUUUGCAAAUCAACAGCCGCUGGUGGUGCAAUGAUGGCAAGACUCCAAGAGCCAAGAAUGCAUGCAGAAUCCAGUGCUCAGAGUUCCUGAAGCCAGAUAUUACGGCAGCUAUUAAUUGUGCAAAGAGGAUUGUCAGAGAUCCACAGGGCAUGAAUGCAUGGAUGGCAUGGACAAGGCACUGCAAAGGAAAAUAUGUCUCCCAGUACCUCAAGGGCUGCAAACUGUAA